AUGGAUCCUCCAUCGAAGAUCAUUCCCGUCAGCUUGCGAAUCGCGGAGAUCGCUUUCGCAGUUGGCUCCAUAGGGCUGUCAGUGAGGCUGGACGACCGAAUGAGCCAAGCGCCAACGCUUCUGCUCAACCUCACCCUGGGAAUGGCGGGGCUGUUCGCGAGCGCCAUGUUACUGUGUUACAUUCACACCUCCUGCUUCGUCUACCUCCACACGACCAGGGUGAACCUGCUGCUGCAGGUCAUUGAGAGCAACUUCUUCACACUCGUGGUGCUCGCAGCAGUCAGUGCACGGGCCACCGCCAUCACUGACUCGUAUGGGCUUAACUGCAGCGGGCCGCUCUUUCCCAUGCCGCCCCUUCCCAUGCCACACCUGGCGAUGGCAACUGUUAGCACGCAGCCAUGGUCCCCGGGUCGGCCAAAUUCGUCUUCCUGCCUGAUGGGGCGUGCCAGUGACCUGCUGGCAUUGCUCACUGCGCUCUCCUUUGGGGCAGCCUGCUGGUACUUCGCACUAUGCCUCUACAGGCUGCGCCCUCCACCAGUUGUACCUUCCUCGGGGAAGAAAAGCGUUAGAAGGGCUGUCACCAGAGGUGGUGGAAAGGGCUCGGUUGAGAGUUCUGAAAGGGCGCCUUCCGAGAGUGAAGGGAGAAGAAUCGUUCAAACGAUGUUCACUGGAGAUAGUGGGGAGAGGUCAGUGGUAAGUGUUGAGAGGCCGUGCGUUGAGAGUGAUAAAAGAGGAGGGGUUCAAACGGUGUUCAGUGGCGAUGUGAGGAGUUUGAUUGUACAUGUUGAUACGGUGGCACCAGGAAACACUGAAAGGCUUUCAGAUGGAGAUAAUGAAAGGGAAGAAGUUGGGGAUAUUGGUACGGCAGCAGGUGUGGAUAUUGAAAGGGCAACAGUUGCAGAUAUUGAAGCGGCAGCAGCUGGGGAUAUCAGCAUAGCAGCAGUUGAGGAUACUGGAAGGGCAGCAGUUGGGAAUAUCGAUGUAGCGGCAGGUGUGGAGAAAAGGGCAGCAAUUGGGGAUAGUGAAAGAGCGGCAGUUUGUGAUAUUGAAGGGGCAGCAACUGGGGAUAUUGAAAGUGGAGCAGGUGAGGUCGUUGAAAGGGCAGUGGGAGGGGAGAUUGUGAUUGCAGCAGACGUUGACAUUGAAAGGUCAGCAGCUGGGAAGAUUGAAAGGUCAGCAGCUGGGGAUAUUGAAGGGGUGACGGUUGGAGAUACUGAAAGGAGGUCAGCAGAUGGGGAUAUUGAAGGGGUGACGGUUCGAGAUACUGAAAGGAGGUCAGCAGAUGGGGACACGGUUAGGCCAGCAGAAGUUGACUCUGUAACGGUGCCAGCUGGAGACAUUGAGAAGGGGUUCCCUGUGUAA